AUGGCGGCUAAUUCGAGGUCCGACUUGGCUUCAGGCAGUCCGGAGGUAUCCUUCUUCACAUCGGCUUACCUGAAUGGACAACGUGGGUCGUACCCCGGUGCCAGCUUUGAAAGGUCUGGGAGCUUCCGGGAGAGCAUAGAUAACCGGGUGCCGCCUUCUGGUGUUGGGGCCAGUAGGAGCCCUGCCCCAAUGCCCUCGAUUGAGAUCCCAUCUCCAUCCAAUUAUCUCACGACGGUGCAGCUAUCAUUGGGGGAUCAAAAGUACACUCGUGCGGGGGAGUUGAGGAGGGUUGUUGGGAUUUCUCCUGAGGAGCACGCUUUCAGAGGCAUCCAAUGUAAGCCCCUCACUCCAACAGCAGCUGAGGAACUGAAGCGUUUCAAGGCUAGUGUGUUGGAGACAGCUGCCAGGGCCAGGUAUCCAAUUUAUCCCGUUGUGUUCGUUUCUCCACUUGCUCCUUUAUCCCACUUAUCCAAAUGGUCAAAUAUAUAUGAUUUUCAUAUACUUUGCUGGACUAUAACUCCCUUUGUUGUGUGUGGCUACAUCUGUAUCUGCCGUAAUCCGAACAUUGCCUGUAUUUCUGUGGACUAAUGAAAAAUAUGGUUCACUCCACAUCGAUUUAUUGGACUGAAUGCAUAGUCCCUCUGACCAGGGAGAGGACGAGAGUGUUGCUUGAUUCCUCGGCGAAAUUGGAAAGAUAUCUCAAACUUAUUUCAAGGAAGAGACAGAGAAAUGAUCUUCCAUCAAGUGAGAAGUCGGGCAGUGGAAACCUGCCGAGAACAGGAAGCCAGAUCCAUCAAAACCCUCCAGAUCUUGUUGCACAGAGACACGAUGAUCGUGCAAAGAGUAUUGUCCCGAGCAAACGGGUGCGUUCAUCAGUGGGGGAAAUGAGGGUUUGUACUUUCUUUUCCCGUCUUUGAUCAUCAGCUGCUUGGUCUACAUUUGUCAUGCUAUAUUUCCAUCUUUUGAAGUAUUUCUUUGCUUCAGUUAUUUCCUUCUUUAGGUCUUUUAUCGCAAAAAGGAUAACAGUACAUUUCUUUUCUUCAUUGCUACAGGCGGAAGGGCGUUCUACGACCCCACUGAGGCAAGGCCCACCGGCAGAUAAGGACAAAAAUGUUAUUGUGGACAAGGAUAAGAAUAUGCUCAGGGCCUGCAAUGGGGUCGUGAUGCCUGGUGUAGACAAGAUCCGGACACUUCCCCCCGGUGGUGAAGUGUGCGAGAAUAAAACAAGGAAGAAACGGCCUUUGGGAACUGUAGCACCAAGAACGACGGAUGGUGACAGAGAGCUUAAGGUGGCUAUGCAGAGGCUUAAUAAUGAAUCCCGCCCAAGACACUCUAAUGGUCCUGCCUUCAGGUGUGUUCUAGAGUGUUUGCUUCUCUUAGAUUCUACUUCUUGCCUAUUCUCUGGAUAUGCUGCUAUUAUUUCUUCUCUAAUAUCUAUUUUUCCAAGGCCGGGAGCAUCCAGUGGGAUUAUUGCUAGCAGUAAGAACGACGGCAGUUUUCAGUUGAGCGGUUCUGGUAGCUGCACAACCUCUAGGGACGAUUUGGAGGACUUGGGUCUUUCGAGUGAUCAGAGGGAACGCUCGGUUGCCAUUGAUAAGGAAUGGAAUUUACCAAAAGGAGGCAAUAAGUAUGUUACUUGCAUUUUAAUCGAAAAUCUCUAUUAUACGGUUUGUUUUCACGUUUACUUGAUGACAGUUUAGUCUCGUAUUUGUUGAAUUAUCUAUCUUUUCUUGUUUCCUAGCAAAAGAUUACCUUUGCAUGUGGGCUCGUCUUUUCUCUCUUCUGAGUGGUACUCUUUUCGUUUCAAGAUACAGCAUUCGUGAAGAUACUCAGACUGGGAGCCAAAGACCCUUGGUGAAAGGAAAAGCAUUUCGAGGACCAAGGUCUGCCUCAAGCUCUGUGAUGAACACAUCACCAAAUUUUCCAAGAACAUCUGGACUUGCUGAUAGUUGGGACCAGCCCCCAAGCUUAAACAAGGCUCCACACAUAAGUGGGACAAACAACCGGAAGCGCGCAUUGCCUGAGUCUUCUUCACCUCCUGUUUCUCAGUGGGGUGGUCAGCGACUUCCAAAAAAUACUCGUACCAAGAGAAUGAGCCUUGUUUCUCCUGUCUCAAAUCAUGAUGAUGCGCAGGCAGUAGCUGAAGUGUCUUCACCAGCUGAUGUGGGAGCAAGAGUAACGAAUACUGACACCAGUGGAUUGGUACUUUCCAGGACUACGAGCAGUACUCACCAAUUCAAACUGAAAUUUGAGAGCGUUCUUUCCCCAAUCGGUGCAACAGAGAGUGAGGAAACAACUGCUUCUGACAACAAGUUUAAAGAGAAAGGGGUGAAUGCUGGUGAAAUGGAGGAAGGAAUAAUGAGCGCAGUCCAGAAAGUAGCGACUCUGAUACUGCCCUCAAAGAAAAAUAAACUUUCCACAAGGGAAGAGAAUGGCGAUGGAGUUCGGAGACACGGAAGAAGUGGAAGGAGUCCUGGACAGUUAAGGGCCGGAGUCUCCUUACCGAAAGAAAAAAUGGAAACAGUGGAUCUUGCAAAGCCACUACGCCCUGGGAAGCCUAUUUCAGAAAUAAGGUACUGAAUGUUUCUAUUUCCUGCAUGCCUGCUUUCUUUCUUGUUUGCCAAUGGAGCAGCUUCUUUUCUUCAUUUGCUCAUUCUUUUGCUUCAUUUGACUUUUGGUGCAGCAAGGUGGGCCGGCCUCCUCUGAAAAAGGUGUCUGAUCGUAAGGCUUCUAAUCGCCCUGGUCAAGCUGUGAACAGCUGUUCCUCUGACCCGAUAGGUAGGCCAUCAAACUAACCGACCAUAUUGAUGACCGUGCACAAUUUUUCUUUAUCGAGUGAUCAUAUUUUGAAAUUCCUUCACUCAUUUUUUAGGCGAAUCAGAUGAUGAUCGUGAUGAAUUGUUGGUGGCUGCCAAUUCGGCCCGUAGUGCAAGCUGUGAGUAUCUAUCAGAAGAUAUCAUUUUAGCUAUUUGAUUUCUCUUUUUGCUGUCUUCGGCCGUAAGUUUUCUGUCUAUCUUUGUGGACCCAACGUUGAAGCAAAUGUGGUUGCUUUUUUCAGAUCAAUCUUGUUCUAGUCCGUUUUGGAAGAAAAUGGAUCAAUUUUUUUCUUUUGUAAGCGAAGAAAAUAUGGCGUUCUUGAGGCAACAAGUAUGUACAGAAACCAAUAAGUUCGGAUUAUUUCUUUGUAGAACCAAAAACUUGGGUUUCUGUCAUUAUAAAUAUUUCUGUGAAAUGUUGUUUCAGAUGAAUUUCGUGGAAGAAGUGGACCUUAGUUUGUGUAGCAUGGUUGAUGUCGGCCAGAAUUUAAUGGUAUUGGACUGUCAGCUCUUCUCCACUUUGCUUUCUUAUUCCCUUCCUUUGUUAUUAAUUCUUCAACACCAUUCUGCUGCAAUGUAUUAUAUCAUAGUUUCAGGAGGGUACCAAUUAUUCAUGUCAAUUGAUAGUAUUUCCUAUCUUUUUAUUUUUUUAAUUCUGGUUUUUUUAGGGUGAUCUUUUUCACAAGCUACUACCAUCAAAGAAGAUGCCGGUGUCUGGAAGAAAACAGGUGCAGUCUGAUCCGCUGGGGCAGCUAGAAGAAGAAAAAUGGCUCGAAAGGAUCUUCCCACUUUCACAGAUGCUUCUCGCAGCCUUCAUCGUGGAGAAGGAAACUGAAAUUUGUUAUGGUGAUCCUUGGCAUGACGGUGCUUUUGUGGACUCCGCGAAUGAUUAUUCUACAGCUAGCCUCAUUAGUCGCGAAACUAAGAAGGCAGAAAAGAUUGAGGCCGGAUUUGAGCCCGAUGUGGAUUUCCUGACCAGAAAGAGUUGCUUCAGGGAUAAUAAUUCUUGCACUGGAUAUGGUGCCGCCGGGGAUUUUAGAAACCCAGGUUCCCAAGUUGUCUCCUACAGCAAUAAGCUUUUGCAUGAGAACAACAUUUUGCCUCAAGUCAUGUGCUACGAGUACGGGCAAGAUCACAUUGAGAAGACAGCAGCAGUAAGAACAGAUGCUCCUGGUUCUCCAUAUGAUUGCCAGUACGAGCACAUGUGCCUGGAUGAUAAGAUCUUGGUGGAGCUACGAAAUGUUGGUUUAUUUCCGGAUACAGUGGUAUAUGCUUCAACCCACGUAUUUUUGUUUUUAAAUUUUUAUGAUCUAAAGUUUCUUUUACCAUUUAUGUUAAAAACUCUUAGCAUAAUCUAUUUUUGAUUAUGGCCCACACACUUUGUAGGUUAGUUUCCUUUAUUUUCAUAUGUCCAAAUUUAUGUUUUCAAAUAAAUUUAGGUUGCAUUUACAAUUAUUAAUCCCUAUCGUUUGAAGUUGUUUGAUUAAGUUUAAUGGGGCAUAUCGUAUUCCCAUCCCAAUGGAGUAAUCAGGUGAAUUUUAAUUGGGUUUUGGGAGGGUUUGGAAUCGUCUGCGUGAAUGUAUUGGGUUCAUGUUUGGGCUAAUGUUAUUGUUAGUCAACCCUUUGCAUCUCCUAAGAAGAUGGUGCUUAGUAGAAGCAACAAAAAGAAGAAAACAAUGGAGGAAAAAAAACUUCACCGUUGUUCUUUGCCAUGGCUCGUUGCAUUGCAAAUCACAGCCGUUUUUCCUUCUCCUCUAUAUGGGAUUAUUUGCGGGGAGGGGGCAAAACGUGUUAGAGUCUCCUCAUUUAGAAACUAUCGCUUGUAUCCCUUUUAAAGCACUGUUUAUAAACGUACCCUUCAUAAAUUAUAAAUACGCCUGCUUUAAAUUUGUUCUUUACAGUCUUCUCUGAAGAAGUCUAGUUUCUCCUAUACGGGUUGAUUUGGCCAAUCCAAUCCUGAUCUUCAUUGAGCUGAGCAUCUGCUCAUUACAGGCCAUUCCAAUUCGGAAGACGUGGUUUUGUUGGAUCAUCUCGUAGGUCGUGUGAGUCCGAGUUAAUAAUAAAUGAUGGUUGAACUCAGGGAUAAGAUUUAUUUUAUUAAUUUCCUGAUGUACGUUAUUUCUAGCUACCCGAUAUCUUACAUACUGGAAUCAUUUGCACUAUUCCUAAAUCCCUUUCAGGUCCAUUCUCGUAUUAAUGCUUGUUUCUCUUUAUUUGGGCGUGUUGACAUUGGGUCUGUGUAUGCUCGGAAUUUUGCUGCAAAAUUUACGAUUUCGGCUUCCUCUCUAUUCAGCCUGGUCUAGCAGAGGAAGAAGAUGAAGAGCUUGAUGGAGAUCUCCAGGAACUCAAGAAGAAGCUUUAUGACCAGGUUAUCUCGUGGAGAUUAUACCCCUCAUACUUCAUGCAUGGGUGGGUGAUUGGGAGCUCAUUUUUUUUAUUACUAUUAAUUUUCAGAUUAGAACUAGGAAGCGUCUGUUGAGGCGGUUGGACAAGGCCAUACAUGCUGCGAGAGAGGCCGAUGAGAGGUAGUAUUUUAUUUUCCUGUUUGCUUAUUUCAUCUGUGUUAGGUUCAUUCCGUCGGGGAAAUGGGCAAACAAGUGAACCCCUCUUGAUGAUGUCUCAGGAGGCUUGAGCAGAUGGCCAUGGAUAAACUGGUUGAGCUGGCAUACAAGAAAUAUGUUGUAAGCAAUACAUUUUCUCUCUCCCCCCCAUCUCCGCUCUCAUUUGUUAUGUUUUAAUAUUAGCCGUUAGUUUAUCAUCAUCAUCAUCCGUUAACCCUUUCUUCAAUGUGGUAAUUAAUAUAUUUUCUCCCCCCAUCUCCACUCUCAUCUGUUAGUCUUAAUAUUGACCGUUAGUCUUAAUGUGGUAAUUAAUAUUAGCCGUUGUUUCUGAUCCUCCCAUCCACAGAUACCAUAUACUUAUUGUUAAUCUGCGAGUAUUUACUGUUUUGAUUUCGUCUGAUUGAAUUCUGGCGUCAUUUUUUCUUCGCAGCGUGGCCGGGGAGGCCAUGGCUCGAGCCACAAGAGCGGAGUGGGGAGGGUUUCAAGACAGGUGGCUCUGGCUUUUGCUCAGAGGGUCCUGGCGAGAUGUAGGAAAUUCGAAGAUACGGGGCUGAGUUGCUUCGGUGAAACCACGUUCAGAGAUAUUCUCUCUCUACACAGCGCCGACGCGAAGCCGAUUGAUGGUGUCCACGUCUCUGUGUCAAGUGGAAAUACAGAGGUUCAUAAGACUCAUCAAGAUUCCCGGCUAUCAGGUAUUCGGACCCAAUUGCUUGAUUCCUCUCUCUCUCUCUCUCUCUCUCUCUCUCUCUCUCUUCAUCAACAUCAGUAUAGGUUUUGCCAGCAUGAAUGUAUUCUGUUUCUUCCUUUCCAAUUUCCUCCUCUCAAGUUUCUGGUUCCAUUUGCAGCUUCCGGUGUCUCGCUGGACACGGCGGGGAGAAGCGGACCCGUUGGCCAAAAGCCUGAGCGGGACCUGCUCUAUGGGCUCGCCAUUCCAGACGAAGCUCUCGAUAAACAAGAAGUCAUCACCAGCAGGGGGAAGAAGAGGGAGUCGCUGCUCGACGAAGUUGUGAGCGGCGGCGUGGUCUCUAGGGUGGCGUCGGGCCUCGGCACCGCCCUCCGCAGCAGUGCCAAGGGGAAGAGGAGCGAGAGAGACAGAGACCAGUCCACCGGGGCAAGAAAUUCUCUCCCUAAAGCCAGCCGCUCAGCCUCCAGCACUGGCAGGGGUGAACGUAAGGCAAGGGCUAAGCCUAAGCAGAAGGCCCCUCCUCCUCCCUCAACCUCAGAGAGCAGCCCUCCGUGCCCAUCCACAGAAGCGGCCAGCGUCGUCUCCACAGCUGCUGAGCCCUGUGAGUCGUUGAAAAGUGGAACCACCAAGGGAGCCAUUGAAGAGACCAUGGACUUCAUCAAUUUGCCCUUGGACUCCAUAGAGGGGCUUGACGUGGGAGAUGGGCUUGGUGGGCAGGGCCAGGAUCUCGGCUCCUGGCUGAACCUCGAUGACGACGCCCUGCAGGAUGAUGAUCUGAUGAUGGGCCUGGAGAUCCCCAUGGACGACCUCUCCGAGUUGAACAUGAACAUGAACUUCUAG